ACUUUCGACAUAUUGUCCGACGAAGAGGUGCGCCAAUCGUUGAAAGUGUUGUCCAAUUGGCCCACUUAUCCACAGGUGUACGUCAAGGGACAGCUCAUCGGAGGUCUCGAUAUUAUCAAAGAAUUGAAAGAAUCGGAAGAAUUGGAAUCAGCACUCAAACCAUGAAUUGAGAGAUGAAAUGAGUUUUAUUUCAUUACUAAUAAUAAAUAGAUUUUAAUUCAAUUAUUAUAUUAUUUAUCACAAAUUCAAUGUAAAAACAUUUAAAAUAUGUCUCAUUUGAAAGGAUAGGGCUUUUGGGUGUGAAAUAUAAAACAAAAGUUGAGAGAAAAUUAAUUGUCAUUAAAGUGAUUAUCUUAU